GUCCUUGCAUCGGUUUCAUUUCCUGGGUUGAAGAAGAAAAUGAGAUCGAGAGAAUUGUGAAACAUUCCUUUCUUAGUUGUUCCUUUAUGAUGGUUAGACCAACAGGAAGGAAGAUCAUCCUGGUGUUUCACAAAUCACAGGGCCUUGGUGGAUCUAUUGCUUGCAGUUACAGAUCUUCCAGACUGGGAUCACACCUGCUAUUAUGACAGCCCAAGGACCUUCUGCUCCUGCCUUUGAUGUAAACAGUGUGUCUGGUUACGAAGGCACCAAAAUUGGGGAUGCAGGACACUAUUUCCCUCCUCCACCUGAUCCGCUCUCUUAUCCGGAACGUUUGCCAGCUCAGACAAACUGGAAUAUUCCUGCUAUUUCGGAAGACGAAGCCAAAGAUGCGUUUAUCGAGUACGCUGAAAGCAAGUGCUGCUACAGCAAGAAUCCGGCCAAAGAGUUGAUGUUUCAGGAUCUCCUAGCACUGAAUACUUACAGAUAUUACUUGGAGACUUUCACAGAAUCAAGGUCUUCAUCAUGGAAAACCAUACCAUAUAAAGGAGAACCUGUUGAUUCUGCUAUGUAUGGUGCAGCUCCUUCUCCCUGGGACAUGAGAGUUGAAGUUCCUAUAAUGUUCAAAGACAACAUCGUAAAACUUAAAGUGCCUCACACAUCAACAGUAAAGGGAUGUCCGAUCUGUGGCUGUUCUGGCAGACGCCCCUGCACCCAGUGCCAUGGACUCACAAGGAAGCAAUGUUGGGUCUGCAAUGGAACAGGAUCCCAGCUCAGUAAUCAGAGAUGUUCUUCUUGUUCCGGCACGGGAACAACUAUGUGCAAUGUCUGUUCUGGCCUGGGGACAACUGCUUGUACAGACUGUGCAGGAACAGGAAAGUUGCUGACAUACAUUGAGAUGCAAGUUGAAUGGAAAAAUAACAUUUUUGAAUACGUGAUGGAUGAAAGAACUGGGUUUCCUACUGAACUCUUCAAAGGAGUUAAAGGGAAGAAGCUAUUUGUGGAUGAGCAAUACUUGGUUCAUCCAGUGGUAAGCUUCCCUAUCUGUGCUAUUAAUCAAGCUUCCCGAAAUGCCAUUGAACAACAUCAUGCUCAGUUUGGAUCUACUGCACGGAUACUGAGACAGAGGCAAACCAUUGAGCUGGUAUUUCUUACCAAAGUGGAAUAUGAAUGGCACAGGAAAUCCUAUUCCUAUUAUGUCUACGGGAAUGAGCACAAGGUCUAUGCAGAGGAUUAUCCUAAAAAGUGUGGCUGUACUAUUGUAUGAUACCUUCCAUCCAUUGACAGAGAAACAUUGAUCAUUCCUGUAUUACGUCUGCUCACCUGCUUCCCUCCCCUCCAGUUCUUUUUUUUUAUUCAAGUCAUGUAUCUCAAAUGAAUUAUAAACCCUUGCAUUAGCCUUUAAAAGAAGACCUGGGGGAUUGUCUCUAGGGCUGAAACACUGCAUAUUUUUUGUACAAUUGAAUGUUCAUUGUUCUUGAUGAUUAAAAAUACUUGUGUUGGUAUAUUAAUUAUAACAAAUGUUAAAAGUUUAAGCCAAACAUGCCAGAGAUUCCAUUCCUUUCGUAUCUCUGGUUUUCCUUAGUUUCUUCUCUCAUCCUGAAUUAAUUCAUUAUGUUCUGAGCCUUUAAUGGAAUAUUGUAUUUCAUUGGCUUAGUGCACUUGGCACAGAGUGUUACCCAAUUCCAGAUAUUAUUUUGGAUUUUUUUUAAAAAAUAUUAAUUCUUAGUUGCACUCUUUUUUUUUAAAGUUUUAAUAUAUAUCAGGAAACGGAUUAUCCAAAGUGACAGAAAGACUAAGACUUUGUAGAGGCUAAAAGUUUUAAAUUGUUUAAUUCAUGUUUAAUUCUUCAGUUGAUUACUGUUAUGGUAUGUCCUUGAUAGGACGGUAUAUAAGUAAUACUAAUUCACUUUUCUCUCAAUAAUUAUUACAAACAGAAAGAUCAUAUCCUAAUAACUACAUAUUAUAAUCAUACCCUAAUAACAACUUAUUAUAAUCAUAUCCUAAUAACUACCUAUUAUAAUCUUUCUAGCCUGAAUUCGGAACUAAUAAAGUGCAGUUAUUCUAAACAUGCAAUGAAAGAAUACUCCGAUAUGCUGGUAUGAGGUUUUAAAUUUUCUUGUAAAAUUUUAUGAACAUUUUAUAAAGCUAUAUCCUUUUUUCAAAUGUUGGAUGGAAUGGCUCUAUCCUAAAAAGCAUUGUAAAAAAAUAGAUUAUAGAACAAAAUAAAAAAGAAAAUAUGGUUUCAGUGGAAUAAAAUAGAAAUGGAUAGUGACAAUAAUAGCAAUCAAAGGGGAAACAUUGAAGGACUUGUUUCUCUCAUCUAAUAUACUUUUAAAUCAUGAAUGCCCCUGGCUCCUUCCUAUGGUGAAGAUUCCUUUGGAGGAGGCUAAUUGGGACUAACUCCAGUCCUAAUGAACUUUCUGUUAGUUAAAGUACAAGAAGUGAAGAUCUUACUGUGUGAAUAAAGCAGAUUGGGUCAGGAAUGAGGAACCUUGUUCCAUUCUGUUGGAAGAAAAAUCUUAUCUGGUUCAGUUCCAAUCCAGGAGAAAGGCACUGGAAAUAAAAUGGAGGCUGGAGUCUGAUUGGAAAGAAAGGUUCCCUUUAUUGACGAAGCAAAACUACCAAGCACAUGUGAUUCGAAGAUAGUUGACAAAAUGGAGUUGAGAGUGGGUGGGUGUUUAUACCUUCUUUGGGCUUUGAGCUUCCUGUUGCUCUGCAAGAACAUGUCCUUUAAUAUUCCAAGAGAGGGAAGUAGAGGGGAGGAAAAGAGUAGGAGAGGGAGGAGGAGUGGAGUGAGGAGAAGGAGAGAGGACGAUGGUGGAAUAGGGUAUAACAUGAUGUAGAAGCAGAAGAGCAAAUGUGGAUGGAUGGCAAGAGGAAUUGAUAUAAUAUUGGAUAAUAUAAAAUAAUGCUUGUUAAGAUGUAGUGGUAUACUUGCAGUUACUUGUAUGAAAAUAAAAAAAACAUUUUUUAAAAAA